AUGGCCGACCAGGAUACUCCCCAAACCCCAAACCCCGAGUCUUCCACUACCACCCCCAGCAAGCCAAAGCCUGGGCAAGAAGACACCCCCAAGCAAGAACAGACCCCGCCGUUAUCAGAGCAAGACCAGAACCAAGCCGACGACCAGCAAGGCCAACAAGAAGAAGCAGGAGAAGAAGAAAAGCAAGAAGCAGGCCACUCCGACAACGAAGAAACACAAGAACCCACCAAACAACAAGACCCAGACUCGGACCAAGACAACCCCGAGCCCGAGCCUGAGCCGCAACCACAACCCGACCAAGACCGCAUCAACCGUCGUCGCCGUCGACCUCGUCCCGCACCCCGCCGCCACGAAUCCGACCUUGAAUCCAUCCCCCGCAACGACAUGGACGCCCAACCACAGCCGCGCCAGCGCACCCGCCGCCAACGCCAGCCCCAACAGCAACAGCCGCAGCAGCAGCAAGACGGCGGCCCGCUCGGCGGGCUGGGCGGUGUUGACCAGGCUGGCCAACUUGUGCAAAACACUGCCGGGAAUGCGCUGAACGGAGUUACCGGCAGCGCGGGCAAAGCUGUGGGGGGUGUUUUGGGUGGCGGGCAGAAGGAAGAGAAGGACGACGGUGGUCGUGACGAACAGCUGCGAUUGCGGCUGGAUCUGAAUCUCGAUAUUGAGGUCCAGCUUAAGGCGAAGAUCCAUGGUGAUUUGACUUUGGGCUUGCUGUCAUGGCUAAACAAUCUCUUUCUGUCGAGUCGUCGAGCAGCCCUCGUGUAUGAUGACUUGGUUACGGUUAAGCUGUGA